CGAUCGGUUGCGCAAAUGUGGGGGGGAGAAGGUGGACUAGGACGCCGGGGAAAGACGAGAACAGUUAGCCAUGAUGUCGACUACAUCGACCUGGGCCUUUGCCAUUCAACUAGUGAACGCGGAACCGUACGCUUCUGUUCUAGCCAAGUCACCGUAAUCCAGCCAACUCCGUCGUUCAUCAUGCUGAAACUCACUUUACUUUUCUUUGCAAUCAUCGUUCUUUUCGGACGGGCAUACUCAUGGGGCGGAAGAUUUAAUCGUUUCAGCCCGGAGAUGCUUUCCAACAUGGGCUACGGUGGCUAUGGAAACAAUCGUCAUGCCCCUCAGCGUUUUCUUCCGGCAUCUUCAAUGGAUCUUUUGGAAUCGAUGCUGCAGAGUGAAGAGGAUGAAGAAAUGACAGAGGCCAGCAAUAAAGCUGUGUCCAGCUGCUCCGGACGUCGCUGCUCCGCCAAUGAACACUGCUGCCCAGGAACCGUUUGCGUUGAUCUGGAUGGCCCAUCGGUCGGCACUUGCCUUCCACACCACGGUAGGCGUGAGGGAUCGACAUGCCAUCACACCUCAGAUUGCGAUUUCGGGUUGCUGUGUGUCGUGUCAGGCGCUGGAAAAACUUGCCAACAACCAUCAGAAAACGUCAAACAGUAUAACGAAGAUUGUGCCCAAAGCAGCGAGUGUGACGUGUCGAAAGGUUUGUGCUGCCAAUUACUUCGACGCCACCGGCAAUCUCCACGUAAAGCAUGCAGUUACUUUCGUGAUCCACUAGUUUGCAUCGGAGCUGUUUCCGUUGAUUCGGUCAAGGAACAAAUUCAACACACGGCGAAUGAGAAACGCUUAACUGACCGCGCCGCCAAUUAUUCCCGCAAGUAGAUUGCGUAUUGGAUCAUCAAAAUGAAGAAUGGAUUUCAUUCAUUUACACUGAAAACGUCUACGUAACAGACUUAACGCAGACCUUUGAUCAUUGGGAUCUGUCUGCGAAUACUUGCAUGUUUUUCCACGGAAUACUUUUUGAAAUAUUUAUUUUAUUUUAUUUGUUUUUUCAAUGGCCACGUCAACUUAUGUAUUUUUGACGUUCUUCUUCUAGUAGUGCUUUUCAACACUACACUUUUGAAUCACUUAUUUAUUUCAUCUAGUUGUCAAAUUGCAACCAUAGCGUCCAUCAAAAAGAGAACUAUAAGAAAAGAACAAUAGGUGUCAACAAUUUUCAAAAUUGUUCAUCUCCAGUUUUAUUCGACAUCAAAACAUGUCCUUUGACUAUUGGUCAUGUUUUCAUUGUUAAUGGCAAUACCAUUUUCUUUUUUUCUUUCUUUUUUUUUUGCGAUUUCCGACACUCUCAGUGAAUGUACUAAGGUUUUCCUACGCUACACUCACUAUACUAUAUCCAUGGUGUUAAGUGUGUUUCAUAAACUACAAGCGUAGGUUACCGAUAUUUAUCAGCAGCUUUCAGUGUAAAUUAAUUGUCAUUUCUUUGUUAAAAUUGUAUUUCUUUACUAAUUGUUUUCAGGACGUGUACGUCACGAUUGGGAAAUAUAUACUACAUAACUGUU